UCCACAAGUAGUGAAAGCUUGAGCAUCGAAUUCUAACAUUUUGUAAAGCUGCAUAACCGUGCCAACAUGGAAAUUAUAAAACAUCAAGCUAUCCUGGCCCUCCUAUUCUCUCUUAUUGCCGUCUCAAUUGGUGCACCCAGAAUUCCAAGGGAUUCUUGUGAUGAGAGUGACACAAGAAACGUCUGUGGCUCUAAUGGAAAAUCAUACAAUAACGAAUGUGAGCUGGAAGAAGAAGCAUCUAGGACUGGACAAGACGUUUCGGUUUCUCACUACGGAUCUUGCCGAUCUUCAUCAGGGGGGACACAAUCAGCCCCCUAUGCUCCAGGUGGAUCUGGGGGAGCAGGCGGAGUUGGAGGUCAUGGUCAAGCUGCAGCUCCAAAUGCGCCUGUUUAUCCACAUCCAAGGGCUCCAGCUCCUGCUCCACGUCCAGCUGCCCCUGUUCCACGCCCUGCUGCUCCAGUCCCACGCCCUGCAGCCCCAGCCCCUGCCCCACCUGCAAAUGCCCCUGUGGCACCCGGAUAUCAACCUGGAUAUGCAGCCCCAUCUGGUCCGCAAUAUGAACAAGGUGGAGGAACUUCGGGAUCACGUGAUUCAACAUCUCAGUAUGCACCUGCACCUGCAGCUCCUUCAGCUCCCGGAUAUGCUCCAUCGCCUGCUGCCCCACCGGCGCGUGCACCUCCAGCCCGUGCUCCCCCUGCCCGUGCUCCUACACCUUCGGCACCAAGACCCGCUGCACCAAGACCCGCUGCACCGAGACCCGCUGCACCGAGGCCCGCCGCACCAGGACCUGCUGCUGCACCCGCUCCUUCUGGCCCUGCAUUUGCACCUAAUGCUCCAAUCCCAGGAGUUGGUUAUGCUCCGGGAGUAAUGGGUAGUGGUGGCUUCGCCGCAGAUGCUGGUGGUGAUUUUGAUGGAGAUUUUGGAGCAGGAGGAGCCGGCGCAGGUGACGGUGCAGGUGCUGGUGCAGGAAGCGGAAGUGGCGGCGGAGAUGGCAGUGGCAGUAGUGAAGAGGCUUACGAUUACGAAGGAUUUGAUGGUGCAGAGGGUGCUGAUGGUAUAGAAGGAGUUGACGGCGCCGAUGGUUUUGAUGGCGCUGACGGCGCAGGUGGGAAUGCUGGGGCCGGAACUGCGACAGUUGCUGGUGUUCCUGGUACGGCAUCUGGUGUUCCAUCUUCACGUGGAAGUGUAGGAGUUGCACGUGCUCCAGGCAGACCACGUGCACCUCCCCGUGCCCCAUCCCUACCUCGUGCUUCAAACCCUGCAGCUGCUCCUUCCUCUGGAUCAUUCGCCCCUAGUCCUGGAUAUUCUGCCCCUGGUGGUCGCCGCCGUGCCAAUGCUCCAAGUCGACCAUAUGCCCCUAGUGUGGGUAGUGCUUUGCCAAGAGCACCUGGCGGAGCACCUGGUGGAGCACCUGGAGGAACAUCUGGAGUAGUUCCUGGAUUUGCACCUGCUGGAACUCCCGGUUUCGUCCCCGCUGGAGCCGCUGGUGGUGCCGCAAAUGCCCCAGGUGGAGAUGCUGGCACUGGCACUUGUAGUGAUGGUGUUUCUGAUUCCAUUUGCACCGAAGGUGGUACGAACGAUCCUAACAACUCAAGUGAAGAUGACUAGACAUGCAGAAAAUAAUCGAGGUUCGAAGUGCAAUCACCAACAAACUUUUGACUCCUUGGAGAAUAUGGCUUUGUCUUAAUAUUGAUCUGCAGGAUAUAACGUACAACAGUUUUGUAUAAGUCAUAAUUUUUUUGUGAUGACCCCUUUUUAUUUUUCCAUUUGUAGGAACACGGUAAAAUGCAUAAAUUAUUCAAUUAGAAUUGAAUGUUUUUCUCAUUUCCCAAAAAGUUGAUUUCAGCUAAUGGGUUUUAUUAAAUUUACAUUGC